AUGGAUUCAUACACUCAAGAUAUUAUAAUGAAACAAUGGGGUUUUUCAACUGAAAUAAUAACAAUAUUUAAAGAUCAAGAAAUAGAUCAAGUAGCAAUAUCGAAUCUUACUGAGACCAUGAUAAUAGAGUUGUUGCCUAAAAUUGGUCAACGAUCUAGAUUUUUAAAACAUUUAGAAAAUUUAAAAAUACAAAAAAAUGUUUCUGUUGAUUCUAAAAAGAAACUUUAUGUAAUUGACUGGGAUAAUUUAGACAUAGAGUUAGCUCUGAUGGAUAGCUUUGAAGAUAAUAUUAAUUCUACAGAUAACAUAAUAUGUGAUACAAUAUCUGACAAUUGUAAUACUGCAGUCCAAGAAUUCCAAGAUCAUUGUGUUCCAACUGCGGAAUGCUCCUAUACAACUACUGUAAACAAUGAUAAUUCUUUGGCGCAACAGAUAAAUACUAUUUUAUCCAAAUACCAAGAUGGAGAAUUUCAUGCAUGCCCAUAA